AUGGCGAAACGAAAGCGUGGCCGCGGCCGCGACGACGAGCAGCCUCCUGUCGAUGUUGGAUUGGGCGCGACUCUGGCGCACAUGCGCGACGAAGACGUCCCAGACAGUGCAGCGACGACCACGGCAGCACACAAAACCGGAAACGACGAUAGCGACGGCAACGACGACCAAGGCUGGACAGUAGUCGGCGGAUCAAAGAGAAGGCGCAAGGAACGCAGCCCCCACGGCCGCGACAAUGGACGCGCAACUUCUGCAUCACUCUCGCCCGUUCACAGUACUGGUCCCGUCAACCACACAGACGAAAGUGGUGAUGGGAAGGAGCGAGUGCCUCAGGCCGACGAGAAAACUACACUGGAAAAUCCGUUUGCGGCCAAGGAUGCACAUGUGGGGAGCAAUCCAUUCGGCACACACAGGCCUGGCUCGGAGCCAAGCAGUGAGAACAUGACAAGGCUGGAGCGCCGGAAGGAGCGCAAACUGCAGAGGAGCUAUCCGGCCAUUGAGCACUCGCAUCAUGCCCGCUUGAACUCGCACGUGAAAAUCACAGACUUACAAUCCUUGGUGCUUUACUUGCUUGCAGAUGGCAAUGCUCCGCAAUGGGUCGCUGUGCGCAGUCGUACAAAUAUCCAGCAGGUUGUCAUGCUCAUGGUUCCAGGCUUGGACAUGGGCAUGUUCAAUGGGGAAAUUGCUCUAGACACUAUAUCACAGGCUGAAACCCCGACUGAGGGCGAGGCCACUGAAGAACAGGCUGACUCUGCUUCCUCGGCCUCAAAGGUUAUAAAGCUCAAGCAACUGCGCAUAUCUUCUGAUGACUUCUACCCAGUCAGUCUCAAACCAGAGAAACUGCCGCCGUCGCUAAAGCCCCUCUCUGACGUGUUUGACCAUGUGUGGCCCAUCAAGGCUAUAGGAGAGCAUCGCAAUAACCAGUACAUGAGGGUCCACUCACCCAUUCAUACCAUGCUAACCUCGCAAAUCCCAAAAACCCAGGAAGAGAAGCAGAUGAAAAAGAAUGGCCACAAGGGGCCCAUGCCGCAAAACUCCAGGCAGUGGGAGAACAAGCGCACGCGCAUCACUGAGUACAUUGCCACUCUCAUGGAACAGCAAGAGAAUGAAUACGUGCUGCAUCCAGCAAUGUUCACGACACCAGAGUCCAAGGAGGCCAACUUUGAGCGGAGGAAGCUAGCCAACCAAACCGCCGAUGACGGUUGGGUAGAUACCAACGUCACCAGUCUCCAGGACGGACAGGUGCCCGAAAGCGACAUUGAGCAAGGCAGUAUAACGGCCGGGAGACACAUCAUCUCCGUCGACUGUGAGAUGUGCAAGGCCGAGGACGACCAGCUGGUCCUUACGCGCAUCAGUCUAUUGAACUGGGACGGCAGCGUAGCUCUCGAUAAGCUAGUCAAGCCUGAUGUCACCAUCAAGGACUACCUAACCCAGUGGUCUGGUAUCACAGCCGCCAUGCUCCAGCAUGUCACGACCACUCUGGCGGACAUACAAAAGGAGCUAUUGGAACUCAUCACACCACGCACAAUCCUUGUAGGACAUUCGCUAAACUCGGACCUGAAUGCACUCAAACUAACGCACCCGUUCCUCAUUGAUACUGGUAUUCUCUAUCCGCACCCCCGCGGGCCGCCGUACAAGCAGUCUUUGAAGUGGCUCGCACAAAAGUACCUCAAGCGUGAAGUACAGAAGGGCUCCGCAGGUCAUGACAGUGUCGAAGACGCGCGAACAUGCCUUGAUCUCGUCAAGCAGAAAUGCGAAAAGGGACCGCGGUGGGGCUCCGGCGACACCAACGCAGAAUCCAUCUUCAAGAGAUUAGAUCGGUCAACGCGGCCAAAGUCAAACAACUCGCACCGUGCCGGAGCCGUCAUCGACUGGGGCGAUCCCAACAGAGGUCACGGUGGUCAAGCCAAGGUCUCGAUAGGUUGCAAGACCGAUGCGGAGGUAGUCGAGGCUAUUGAUCGUACCAUGAAACAACAAGCUGAAGGUAAGGACGGGACUACUGACAAGAUCGAUUUUGUCUGGGGACGCCUGCGUGAGUUGGAGAUUGCAAGAGGCUGGUGGGACGAUGCAAAGACAGCCGACGUUGAGCUCAUCCGACAAGAAGCAUUGCAACGACUGGGUCUCUCCAACAAUGGCGAAGAUGCAGAAACCAACGUUCAAGGUGCUGAGCUCGGCGACGCCGUAUCCAAGACGGUUGAACGCAUCCUUCAGAUUUACGACUCUUUGCCACGCUGCACGGCCUUUAUUGUGUACAGUGGGACAGGCGAUCCGAGAGAGAUUCGACGCCUACAGGCCAUGCAACAGCAGUACCGGCGCGAGUACGCUACGAAGAACUGGGACAGUCUCAGUGUGAAGUGGACGGAUACAGAAGUGCAAGCCCUCUCAAAGGCUUGUCAGCAGGCUCGUAACGGCGUUGGCUUCAUUGUCGUCAAGUGA